AUGUCAGAAAUUAAACGACAUUCUCGAUUUAUCGCGAACUCCGGAAUUUUUCGACCAAUUCAUGACGCUAAUCAGUUAGCCAGAUCAUAUAAUUGCGGCCGUGAACUCUCAGGAUUUCAAGCCAUGCUCUUGGUUGUUAUACCGGAAUGUCAUAGGCACCACAUACGGAAUAAAAGAACAAUUAAGCAUAUUGCGACGUGUAUAUGGAACGAACAUGCAACAUCGAACGAUAAGGAGUACUUUAUUGGCCUAGCCGAUCAAAUUAAUCUAAUCAAAAUGCCUAAUAUGCAACAUACAGCCCUUUCCAGGGCAAUAUUUUAUGGUACGACUUUUUAA